AUGAUGGUAAAACCUCAAAUUUUGAUAUGUUUUACAAUUUUUGUAAUUGCCGACGCUGUUGAAGAGACUGUGCUGGAAAAGAAGGCCAAGUACAUGGAGAAUCUAAUGGACACAAGUGUCAAACCGUGCGAAAACUUUUGGUCGUUUGCAAAUCAGCAUUACGAUUUUGCAAAAUUACCGUAUAGGUACCUUCAAGUGCUUGGGGAGGUCUUCAACUCGACUAGGAAGGAUGAGGUAAUGUUAAAGGCCAAUCGGCAUUUUAUAGUGGCGGACUGGUCUAGUGGCAAAAAACAUACCAUUUUACAUCCGGGAAGUAUCAAAAAUGUGGCAAAAUACCUCCCUCUUGACACUUCCCGGAUACAAAAUCAUACAUUUUUUGUCACUGGAUGGGGUCCGUAACUGUACGAUCUCUCCACGCCAUAAAUGCAGACACUGCGGUAGACGGGUACAAACAAGAGGAGUGGCUAAAGUGCUACGCUAAAUUUUUUUUAAAAAUUUUGCUUACAUAAGCAUUGUCAAUUCCCGGAGUGGGCAGUCGAAAUAUUCAGCCGUCUUUGCGCCGAUUUUUUUUAUCAAACCUGACCGUUGUUACUCACCUCAUCAUGUAAAGUUUACAGAGACGUACCUGAUCCAGUGGAAAAACCCGUACUAUUUUGCAUCCGGGAAGUAUCGAAAAAUGUAGUAAUCUCCAACUAAAAAAAGCCCCGUUUUGAAGGCCGCGCUCUUUCCCUGGCAGAAAUAGCCGCGCUUUUGAAAUUGGAGUUUUUUCACUUGGAGAGGGAGGUAUUUUGCUACAUUUUUUGAUACUUCCCAGAUGCAAAAUGGUACCUUUUUUGCCACUGGAUCUGGUCCGCCACGGUAGCAAAAUACUGCUGACAUUCCAAACCUUUCUUUCAGAUUAAUUCCAUCAAAAAAAUCCGCAACCAUUUUGCCGAAUGUCGCUCCAAAGGACUCGCCAGUUUCACCAGAGAUCUCAACACUGCCACUCAAAGAGACAAGCCCUGGGAGAAAGACAUGAACUUGCUGGAAAGAAGAUUUCAGAACAGCAGCCUCAGUGACAAUGCCACUUACAUGGAGAUGAUGACCGAGAUGCUUCGGCUGCAGCACAAAUAUAGCCUCGACGGGGCGAUGGAGUCGCUGACCAGACUCGCGCAAGCGAAUAUCGUUUUUCCGCCCGUGUAUCGUGAGGCUGUUAAUUCAAAGGUGGAAAACACGACAGUGGCAAAAACCUUUUUAGCAAGAAUUUUUGAUGAAGACGUGGACGUCAGUAAUCGGGAACCUGUUCUAUUGAUUAUUCCUUCGGUAGGUUUGAUUGCAACUUGCGUUUUCGCAUGGAGGACACCUUUGUGAAGUUUUGUCCAGCAAAAAAAUGUCCCAUUUUGGAUCCGGGAAGUACAAAAAAUGCGGCAAAAUACCUCCUUGUCUAACUAUAAUAGAAAAACUCCGUUAGUCGGCACGCCUUUCAAAUUGGAGCCUUUUCACUUGGAGGGGAGGUAUUUGGCAGGGUUUUUUUUGCCAGCUCAAAAAUACCACGGGUCGCCUCGAUUCGUCGUAGUAUGCAUGGCGGACGCUAGGAGAAGACUUUAUUUGUAGGCACAACACCAUCUAUCGGGUCGAUAGAUAGAUAGGUUAUGAUUUAUUUAGAGGUAUUUUAUAUGUACUUACACCUACAAUGUCUAGAUAAAAGUUACAGAUCUCGUUUUUUUGGAUUGAAUUUUGGUCUUUCUACACGACAUUAGCUCAGGGUAAUGGAAAUUAAAGUUAGCAAUUGCAAAAAUUUAGUAAAACGUGACCAUGUUUUACACCUUCGCCAAGUCUCCGCCGGAGUUUCGCCAAGUGUUCGCCAAACAUCCGACGGUUUGAUCAGGUCUUGUGAUUAUCUCCCACUACUUUUCUAUGGUCCCGCAUGCCCUACGCCACGGAUUUUUUGUUGACCCAAAACGUCCGUGAUCUUUCCCGACCAUCUUAAAUUUUUGAUUGUACAGUGUUUUGAAAGGCGCGCUUUUGAAGUCGGAGUUCCUUCACUUGAAGAGGGAGACAUUUUGCCACAUUGAUACUUUUCGGAUGCAAAAUGACACGUUGCUUGCCAUGGGAUCAUCACUGUAAAUACUUUACCUUUUCAGGAGGUGUCCACGCGACAGCGAAUCUGGAACCUUUUCAAGGAGAUGGUAAGCAACGUGUCAGCGACGACCAUACCAAAAUACAUCACAUGCGAGACCUACAUGAGCGAAUUGUUUCCAAUCUUCGUUCAGAAGAUGGUCUACGACCACAUGGGGGCCGACAACGCCAAGAAGGUCAGCGAUUUGUUUCGCGCCGACCUCAGAGACUUGAUUCGAACGGUUGAAGCCGAAUUUAAGCACGGGAAUAUGCUCAACGACGAGACGAGAACAGUGCUGCUGGACAAGUUGAGGAACAACACGUUUAAUUUGAUUGACCAUCCAAUCUUCGAAGAUUCAAUGUUUGAAAAGUAUUUCGGAAAUCUGACAACUGAAUAUCCAUUGUUGAACCAAUUCGCGAACAACGCAAAGCCCAUGAUUCGAGCGGCGAAAGGAAGAGGGAACGAGUUCUUUUGGACACCGCGGCUUGAUGCAAGUCAUUUGUUCUAUGUCUAUGGUAGUAUUAGAAUCGUCUUGUCUUUCUUAAUAUUACCAGUCUAUUAG